AUGGCCUUCAUGUUGAGACGGCCGUUCGCCGUUACGGCAGCCCUCAAACAAGCAACACCUCGAGGGGCAAAUCUCAACAUUCGAUACAUUCACAAUGCAUCGCCUUUCAAGAGCUCUUCUGCACCCAAGCCAUCAACAGCGACCGUCCCAUCGUCUAUUCUAGUCCGAUCAAAACAGACCUUUCAGAAUACCUUCCGUCGCAAUUACAUGCAAGAGACGUAUCGCGCACCCAACCAGGGUGAUAUGACUCAAAAGCUACUGUACGGUGCUGCAAUUGUCGGUGGAACUAUCCUCGCCACAAACUUGAUCUUCAACCGCGAAACCCGCGAAGAUGGCGGAAUGCCGAUUUAUGAGAGGAAGUACCUGAAUGAAACAUUUAUGCACACUGGCCUGGGUCUUGGUAUUAUCGCUGUUGCUGCCCGAGCUUUGCAUACCAGCGGAUGGUCGGUUCGACUGAUGGCAACUAACCCGUGGGCUGUUGUUGGCUUGGGCUUAGUUGCUAGCAUUGGUACCAUGUAUGGAACGAUGUAUACCCCACCUGAGAAUUACAUGCUUAAGUACGCCCUAUGGACCGGUUUCAACGUUACACAAGCUGCUCUUUUGUCGCCGUUGAUGUUCUUGUCCCCUGCUCUGCUCGCUCGCGCUGGUCUCUACACCGUUGGCAUGAUGGGUUCGAUUGCCUUUGUCGGUGCCACUGCCAAGCAGGAGAAGUACUUGUACCUCGGUGGCCCUCUCUUGGCCGGCGUUGCUGUUGUCGCUCUUUCCGGCUUUGCCCCGCUGGUUCUUCCUGCUACCGCCGCUCGCACAUUGAUGUGGUCUGAGCGAAUCUGGUUGUAUGGUGGACUGGCUGUCUUUGGUGGGUUUACUCUAUAUGACAUCCAGCGCAUCCUGUACCACGCCCGCCUUGCCGAGCGUGGCCUGGUCCGCAGAGAUCCGGUCAAUGAGAGCGUUAGCCUUGAGCUCGACUUUAUCAAUAUCUUCGUUCGCAUGGUGCAGAUCCUUGGCAUGCAACGCAACAAUAGACGCUAA